GAAUUUCUGGGACACAUCUUUCUGCCUUUUGGAGUUUUCGUCGCUUUUCGACCGUUUCUUAUGAUCUCAUCCCAGUUUCCCCCAAAAUCUGACGUUUUUCGGGAACGGACCGUAUGGAGGCUGAGCCAAAGCACUUGUUGUUCAGCUUGUCUGUGCCAGAUUUUGUGCUGAACUUGGAGGAUUUGCAGCUGGGCUUGCUCGUCGUCUUCCGACUCGUGUCUAAUUACCGCUGUCAGCAGCUAUCAGGGGAUCGUAGAAGGCAGCAGAAUGAGCGGCAGUAUCAACGGGAACGGGCGCGAGACGGCGGGCAAUGGGAUUCAGCGCGAAGUGCAGGAGACCUGCAGCAAACUCGACAAGCUCGUCGCGGAGAAAAGCACGGGCAGCGAGGAAGUGGUGGAGCUGCUGAAAGCGCUGGAGAAGCUGCCCAUCGAUCUCGACAUCGUACAGCAGCGCAAGCCGCGCGUGGAGGUGCCGCUGGACAGCCGCACCCAUGCCCGCGUCAUGGACGACAACGGCCGCACUCUGACGGACCUGGAUAACCGCUUCCAGGUGAAGAUCAACUUCCCGGUCCGCGACGACGAGAAGGCCAGCGGGGUGACGGUGGCGGGCGAGACGGUGAACGACUGCGAGGCGGAGAUGAUGCGCAUGGAGGGCAUCGGCGAGAAUGGACAGGAUGCGUCGUUCCAGUUGGGCGACGUGGUGGAAAACGAGACGUCCCGCGCCUACCACGCUCCGGCCCCCGCCGCCCAGCGCCAGGUCGAGUGCGAGAACGGCUCAGCGACGGUCGGCGAGUUCAUGGUAAAAAGCGCACCGUGCGAGCAGAUUGUGGAGGAGUUCUCCACGCUGAACCGGCAGACGAGCAGCUACAACUGCAUCCCCGCCGCCAUCCCCAACAGCAAGCAACCUGCGCCAACCGAGGAGACCAGCGGCAAAGCCCCAGCGGAGGUUGGCCCCGGCAGCCCCGAAGAGUGUGAGACGGCCAAACAGGUGCUCCUGCUGGGCGAACGAGGAAAAGGAGAUGCGGGAGUUUCGCGCAAGAAGACGGAGACGCGCGGCGUGAAGAAGAUCGAUGACGCCGAGGUAUCCUCCGUUCAGCCCGUUCAACCGGGCAAGGGAACGGUGGCUCCGGUCAGUCAGCGCGGGGGCGAAGUGCUGACGCUGGACGAUUUUGAAUAUCUCCGGGACUUCACAAAAGUCGGGGGGAAACACUUCUGGCGUUGUCGCCGGACGACUGAUUGUAUGGUCAAGCUGGAUAUGGGCGGCACGGUGCCCAUCCUCGACCGGAAGCACACCCACGAUCGGUUGGAGCAGAACGCGCAGGCACCGGAGCACAGUGAGCCAGCGGCGCACAGCGAAGAGUCCCCCACGCCCGCAACUGUCGUGGAAACGGAGGAGGAGGACGCCCAGCAGACGCGUGAGAAGCCAGGGAAGACGGCAAAUGCACCCCGGGAACGAGACCAGAGAGGGCGAUUCACGAAGAAGAAGCCCGAAGGCAAAUAACUGGAUGCCGUCGAAGCCUGUUUCUCGCUUGACUUGCUUGUGUUAUUGUUUAGUUGGGUUAAACUUUAACUGAAACUGAUUGGUUGUUUAUAACUGUUCGAUUUAACUGAAUCUGUUUGAUUAAAGAGUUUGAUUUGAUUUUCACUGGAUGAAAAGAGGUGAUAAACUGCCAA